UGAAAAUGUCUGCUAGCGCUCAUAAUAUCGCGAUCAUUGGGGCCUCUGGUCUUCUAGGAAGCCGGAUUGCACAAGCUCUACUCUCUUCUGGACAUAGAGUUACUGCUAUUCAGAGAAAGGAAUCGAGCAAAAAUUUGCCGGCCGGUGUUGACUCUGUGAAAGCUAAUCUCAAUGACGAAAGUGAACUGAGGGCUGCAUUCGAGGGACAGGAUGUUGUAUUGAGUGCUGUUGGAUUUCCCAUCUUUGAAACAGAGAAAGUCUGGAUUGAUGCUGCUCUCGCUGUGUCUGUGAAGCGUAUCAUUCCAUCUGAAUUCACCACCAACCUUGAAUCACCUCUCGCUAGUCGGCUUCCUGUCGCAGCAGAAAAGGUCAAGGUCCGUCAAUAUCUUACUACCAAGAUCGCCAGUACCACAUCAACGACAACUUGGACAUCCCUAAACAAUGGCGCAUUCUUCGACUUGACCCUUAGGUUUGGAGCACUCGGUCCCAAUCCCAUGACUGGCAAGGCUGUCUUCCACAAUGGAGGGGACAAUGAAAUUGGUCCCUCGACCCUGUCAGAUAUCGCCACUGCUAUCGUCAGGAUUGUUGACAAAGACAACUUUGAGGCGACCGCAAACCAAGCCGUGUAUAUUCAUUCAGCAGCCGUCACAGAACGGAAAUUGACCGCGAUAGUAUCAAGGAUUACCGGUUUCGAUUUCGGAACUGUCGAGGAUGGCAGCAUACCUGAUCUGAAGGUGGCCAAUCUGUUGGAAGAGACAGAUGCCAAGUUGAAGAACGGUGACAAGUCUGCUAUGCUCAACUAUUACUAUGCAAUGAUGUAUGAGGAAGGCUAUGGCGGUAAAGAUUUUCGUCAGCUAUCAUGGAAUGAUCGUCUGGGAAUUCGUGUCAUGAAUGAUCAGCAGCUGGAGGAGGCUAUUCGCAGUUUUAUUUAAUUGGUUAUUUCACAAGUAGCGGCAAUUGGAAAGCAAUGAAAUUGGAUUCGGUGAUUGUUUCUUCCAAGCCUAGUCAAAUAUACUUCAACCUACUACAUAGAUGCUUAGAGC